GCGUGCGCACUGAGCUCGAGCCCUGUGGGGAAACAGUGUCAGUAUUGUUUUCGCGUCCAGAGUUUAGGAGCCCGGAGCAGCAGGAGGAGGAGCAGCAACACUCCCCUGACAAAUUCAACACUUUACUCUUCUUUUUCUCUCCUUUUCCCGACUCCGGAGCAGAGAGGACAGGAAAGAGGGUUUUUUUUGCUACAGGUUGUUGUUUCCAAUGAGCCUCUCGUAGCCCCACCUGAGCCUGAGAGAGAGAGUGAGAGAGUGAGAGAGAGAGAGCAGCCAUGCCUCUGGGGCUGAGGAGGAAGAAGAACAAGUCGCGGGAGAGCUCUCAUCUGGUGGAGAAUGAGGAGGUGGGCGGUGUGGGGAAGCCGGAGCUGAACGGCGGCGGGGUGGCUCCUCCGGCCUCAGCGCUCCGGCCCCGGCUGGUCUUCCACACGCAGCUCGCUCACGGCAGCGCCACCGGCCGGAUAGAGGGAUUCAGCAACGUCAAAGAGCUGUACGGCAAGAUAGCAGAGGCCUUCACCAUACAGCCCACUGAGAUUUUAUUUUGCACCCUCAACACUCACAAAAUUGAUAUGGAGAAGCUGCUCGGAGGGCAGAUCGGCCUGGAGGACUUCAUCUUCGCUCACAUUAAAGGGAUCAAAAAGGAAGUGGAGGUGUUCAAGGCUGAGGACGCGCUGGGCCUCACCAUCACAGACAACGGGGCCGGAUAUGCCUUCAUAAAGCGUAUAAAGGAGGGCAGUGUGGUGGACGGUGUGAAGGUGAUCUGUGUGGGAGACCACAUCGAGUGCAUUAACGGGAAGAACAUUGUGGGAACGCGGCAUUACGAAGUGGCCCGAAUGCUGAAGGAUCUGCCCAAAGAUCAGUCCUUCACCCUCAAACUGAUCGAGCCCAUGAAAGCCUUUGAUAUGCUGGAGCCAAGGUCAAAAGGAGGCAAACCUGGAGGAGAAAACAAGAUUGGCACUGGCAGAGGGACUCUCAGACUACGCUCCAAAGGCCCAGCAACCGUGGAGGAAGUGCCCACAGAGUUUGAAGAGAAGGCAGUGAAGAAAGUGGAUGACCUGCUCGAGAGUUAUAUGGGCAUCCGUGACACAGAAUUAGCGGCAACAAUGGUGGAGGUCGGUCGGGACAAGGUGAACCCGGACGAGUUCGCUAUGGCUCUAGACGAAGCUCUCGGAGACUUCGCCUUCCCAGACGAGUUUGUGUUCGACGUGUGGGGAGCUAUUGGCGACGCCAAGCAGGGACGGUUUUAAUCUCACUCCCCCACUUCCCAUGCUCAGCGAAGCCUUUGGGAUACUGUAUAGAGAACAGCAGGCAGUAUGUAGAAGGGAGUGAUGCUGAUUUCCUACCACUGUGAUCUGACGGCACAUAUACUAUAGCUCACUCAAAGUGUACUUAUUUUCUUAGGCAUCACAAACUUGUUAAGGCAUAUACUUUUCUGUAGAGCGGAGAAGCAAACCCCAGUGAUUUUAACACGGCCCUCAUAUCCUGGCAUAUUCUGAGGAUUUUUAAAUUACACUAAGAAUAAUUCUAGCUUUUGUGCUUCAAUUCGCUGAUUUCCUUCUAAGCAUGACGUAUCAUGAAUGUGCCUUUCAGGCUGAUUCACUAAUGUUUGUUCAAAAUCGGUAACAAGGUCAGUAAGCGGUCACUGUGUACGAAUAAUAAAAUGUUUUGUAGGAUAGUGAUUUUUUUUUUUUAAAACAAGCUGCAAAGGAGUCACUGAGGCCUAAAUGAGGGGAAACUCUGAAUAUAAGUGAAUUCCAUGUGUGACCUGGGCGACAGUCACAAGAAUCAACCCUGUUAAAUGUACGCACCACCACCACCUACCGUGUUUUAUUAACCAUGUGCUAGAAAUGGCUUCUUUUACUGCACUUGUGUUGACCUUACAAAUUUGUUCCAAUGAAGGAUUGUAGGAGUUUUAGCCUCAGGUCUAGACUUCAGUCUGCUGUUAUCUGUUUUAUACAAUAACUAAAAUAUAUAGCUUAUCUUUGAAACGUGAUGGUUAACUUUAGACGAGGGUGAUCUCUGACACAUUCCUACGAGAAUAUUUUGUACAUGAAUAUACGAUAAUUGUCAUUUUAUAGAUGGAUAGAUAUAUUUUCAGCCUUUUAAUUUAUUUGUUUAAUAAAAUUCUUGUUUUACACAGAAUGGUUCAAGACACUGGACUAGGACUAUUUUCAAUAUCUGAUAUGUUUUAUAAUGAAAUUUCAGCUUGGGAAGCUAGAGUUUUGUCUCAAUAUUAAACUUCUGAUGUAGUGCCAUCUUAUUGCGAAGGUAGCUUUGGAAAAUCUCACUGCGGUGGCUCAAAGCUGGCUGGUUUUUGUCCAUCAGGGAGGAAAUGAAAAUGCAAAUAUUAACAGAAAGCUUUUAAUUGACGCGAGAGUCACUGGCUCUGAGCUAGUGUGCCACCUGCUGGACAAAAAAAAAACCCUCUAUUGGGCUGCUCUUUUUAUAAUGGCUGUAGUGUCACUCCAUAAGGGAUGUUUGUGAUAGAGAUUUACUGUAUGUUUGUAUGUAUGCCUACACAGAUGUAUUGUCUUAUUUUGUAUGAACAAUACCUUAUUGUGCUCAAAUACAGGUACUCAGUUAAGCAGCGUGGGACUACUUUCAUCAAACCCUGGAAAAGAUACAGUGUCAGUUGUCUCCUAUUUUAUUAAGCAAACGUUUGAAUAGUCACUCACUGUGAUGAAUAAACUACUAUGAUCCUUGUAGUCCUUUA